AGAUGGGUCAGAUCCUUACUGCUCUAGAAUCUCUUAAGACUGCGGGAGAGUCCUCAUCAGCACGAAUCGAAGAGAAUAUUCUCCCUUAUCCCCCAAAGUUUAACGCUUUGAGCCCGUCGAUUUCAUUCCCGAUGUAUGGCCUACCCCCGGGUUACACACCUCCUGUAGGAGAGUUUUCGGAAGCUGAGCCCGCAUCAUUCUCUUUUCCUACCACUGUCAAUGUACCGCCAAUCAAUACUCAGGAACCUGUUGUAAUGUCCGCACCUAUGGUGAGUGAAGAAAUGAAUGCGAAUAUGUAUGAUGGAAUACGAGUAACUCCGGGACCUCGCGCGAUCACUGAAAAGGGCUUUUUUGCCAAGGUUGCGCCACAUACUUCGUUUCAAGGGGUAAUUAGUAAUGUCGACGGGGCAAAGGAUAAAUUGGAGAGCUUGGAGGCAAGAUUGAGGGCUGUUGAGGGAUUUGAAAAUUAUGGGUUCGGAGAUGUUGCAAGACUGAGCUUGGUUCCUGGGGUGAGGAUACCACACAAAUUUAAAGCGCCGGAGUUCGAAAAAUACAAAGGUAAUACCUGCCCGAAAAGCCAUCUGACCAUGUACUGUAGAAAGAUGGCUGCGUACGCUUACGAUGAUAAGCUACUCAUCCAUUCUUUCCAAGACAGUUUGGCUGGGGUAGCGUUGAACUGGUACACCCACCUUGAGCCGUCUCGAAUCCGUUGCUGGGCAGACCUGGCAGACGCCUUUGUAAAGCAGUAUAUAUACAACACGCACAUCGCACCGGAUCGACUGCAGCUGCAAAAUAUGUCAAAGAGGGGCGACGAAACUUUCAAGGAAUAUGCCCAACGGUGGAGAGAGUUAGCUGCACAAGUUGAGCCGCCUUUGUAUGAUAGGGAGGUGGUGGCAAUGUUUGUGAACACUCUCCAGCCGCCAUUUUACGAGCACAUGGUCGCAAAUGUAUCUGCUAAUUUCGCCGAUAUCAUUAUAAUAGGGGAACGGAUAGAAAUUGGGGUUAAAAGUGGGAAAAUUGCGUACGGUUCGCCCGCAACUGCGAAUUACAAAAAACCCAAUUUCAAUGCGGGAAAGAAGAAGGAAGGGGAUGUGCAUGCGGCUUCGGCAAUGCCUUUAUGGAGAGGUCAAACUCCCACUCAUAGCUUUCGACCAUACAUGGGGCAACCCCCUUAUGCAGCUAAUGUGGCGUUUGCUCAUCAAGUCAGGCCUCAACAACAACAAGGGUAUUAUCAACCACCAUUGCCCUCAACUAAUACUUGGAGGGCUGGGACAAUUGCAGGUCCAAAUCAGAAUGCGAGCCAAAGCACUUACCAAGGAAGGAACCAAUUUGUUAAUUUCACCCCUAUCCCUACAACUUACACAGAAUUGUUACCCCACCUCAUCAAAAGGGGUUUGGUUGCCAUUUGCCCGAUGAAGCCCAUGCAACCUCCGUACCCUAGGGGUUAUGAUGCAGAAGCCAAAUGUAGUUACCAUGGGGGAGGUGUUGGUCACUCAACUGAGAGGUGUCUGGCUUUUAAACACAAAGUACAGACUCUAAUCGACUCGGGGUGGUUAAAGUUUGAAGAAGAUAAACCUAGCGUCGAGACUAAUCCGCUUGCUGGGCAUGGGAGUGCCUCAACAAAUGCCGUCGAGAAUGAAAAACAUGAGCUGAUAAGAUACGCGAAUGAAAUCCAGAGUUCUAGGAAACUUAUCUUUAAGGUGUUGAUAAAAGUGGGCCUUUUAAAAGGCAAUUGUGACGAGGAUGUAACAUGUGCACUUCAUCCAGACGAUGGACACUCUAUUGAGGAAUGUGGUGAAUUUGAAGAUAUUUUACAGGACUUGCUGGAUAGAAGUUUAAUGCAAGUACGAUACAAGGAUAAGGAGGGUGAAGUGUUCACACAAAUCGGCGGGAAAUCCGACGUGACCUUGCCUGAACCAUUGGUGAUCCAUUUCACUAGAAUCGCCCCCGUGCCAGUGACUGAAGAAAGGCCGUCUGUCGUCAUUCGGGCGCCCUCUCCCUUUCCUUACAAAAGCGAGAAGGCUGUCCCUUGGACGUAUGAAGCGCGUGUUUUAAAUGAGGGAAAAGGCGCAGAUUCGGCCGUUGAGAACAUAACAGGCAUAGGUGGGAUGACGAGAAGUGGUCGAAUCUUCGCGUCACCAAUGGUGACAAAAGAGGGGACCGAUAAUAAUGAAACAACAAUGACGACGAAAGCUAGGGAGGUCUUAAAAGGAAAGGGCGCGCAGGUAGAGGAGACCCCUAACGAGGAAGAAAAGAAAGAAAUAUCCGAAGAAGAGGCCUGCGAAUUUUUAAAAUUCAUUCAACAGAGUGAGUAUAAAGUAGUGGAGCAGCUGAAUCGCAUGCCUGCCCGGAUUUCCUUGUUAGAAUUGCUUAUGCAUUCUACCUCUCACAGAAAGUUGUUGAUGAAAGUACUCAGUAAGGCUCAUGUCGAGCAUGGUAUUUCGUUGAACAAGUUUGAGGGCAUCGUUGGCAACAUCAUUGCCAAUAAUUACCUCACCUUUACUGAUGAGGAGAUACCCACUGAAGGGAGAGGUCAUAACAAGGCUCUUCAUGUCUCGGUGAAAUGUUUAGAUCACGUUAUAGCGCGUGUCUUGGUGGACAAUGGUUCCUCUCUCAAUGUCAUGCCAAAAUCGACGUUGGAGAAGCUACCAUGUGAUGGAAUACAUAUAAAGCAAAGCUCUAUGAUUGUGAGGGCAUUUGAUGGCAGUAAAAGGGUAGUGAUGGGAGAAAUAGAAUUGCCUGUUCAAGUCGGUCCUUGUGUCUUUCAAGUGACCUUUCAAGUUAUGGAUAUCCUCCCAGCGUAUAGUUGUUUGUUGGGUCGCCCGUGGAUCCAUUCCGCAGGAGUUGUGCCUUCCACACUACACCAAAAGCUGAAAUACGUUAUGGGAGAUAAGCUGGUGAUAAUAUCAGGAGAGGAGGACCUCCUUGUGAGCGGACCAUCGUCCACGCGAUAUGUUGAGGUGGCCGAGGAAGCUCUUGAAACAGCCUUCCAGUCAUUGGAGAUCGUGGGAAAUGCCUAUGUGGAACCAUUCCUAGUAAGCCCACAUUUGUCACGUGCUUCUAUUAUGAUGGUCAAGGUAUUGCUGAAAGAGGGAUAUAUACCUGGUAGAGGUUUAGGCAAGCAUGGGCAGGGGCGAACUUUCCCCCUAAAGGUCGUUGAGAAAAGAAACCGAUACGGCCUAGGGUACAAGCCCAACAAAGAGGACAAACGAAGGCUGAUGGAAGAAAAGAGAGAGCGCGGUCUUGCUCGUGUAGAAAGGUGUGAACCUUGGAUGGAAAAGAUUGGUAUUCGUGACAUCAAGGAGAGCUUUCGUAGUGCUGGAUGGAUCAACACGGGCCAUAUAGCCGCCGUGGGGGAUGAAGAUAGCUAUGAAUGCUCAAGUUUCGUGCGGGCUUGCUCCCCAUCUGCACCACUCAACAAUUGGGAAACUCUGAGUCUACCCGUGAUGCUUAAUUUGAAUAAAAUAUAUGACAAUGAAAUUUUCGAAAAUAACGAUGUCGAUAUUCCUAAUUUUGAGCACCCUGUCGAUAAUACGGAAGAUGAUUACGAAGAUGAUCCGGAACCCCCUCCUGAACUGUUAAGACUAGUGGAACAAGAGUGUAAGGAGAUGAAACCUCACCAGGAAGAUGUUGAAGUACUCAAUUUGGGAAAUGAGGAUGAGGUAAAGGAGGUGAAGAUCGGUACAGCCAUGAAGAUGGGAGUGAAAGAAAAUUUGCGUGUCUUGUUGAGGGAGUUCAGAGAUGUGUUUGCUUGGUCUUACAAUGACAUGCCAGGCCUCGAUACGAAUAUUGUACAACAUCAUCUCCCACUUAAGCCAGAAUGCCCACCGGUAAAGCAAAAGUUAAGAAGAAUGAAACCGGAAAUGUCCUUGAAGAUCAAGGAGGAGGUACAGAAGCAAUUCGAUGCAGGGUUUCUAGUUGUGGCGAGAUACCCAGAAUGGGUGGCAAACGUUGUACCGGUGCCUAAGAAGGAUGGUAAAGUUCGGAUGUGUGUCGAUUAUCGAGAUUUGAAUCGCGCAAGCCCAAAGGAUAAUUUCCCGUUACCACACAUCGACACCCUAGUUGAUAAUACAGCCAAGUAUUCACUAUUUUCGUUCAUGGACGGUUUUUCGGGGUAUAACCAGAUCAAGAUGGCCCCAGAAGAUAUGGAAAAGACGACUUUCAUUACAUUGUGGGGCACAUUUUGUUAUAAGGUGAUGUCUUUCGGACUCAAGAAUGCUGGGGCUACGUAUCAAAGGGCGAUGGUGGCACUUUUCCAUGAUAUGAUGCAUAAGGAGAUUGAAGUUUAUGUGGACGACAUGAUCGCGAAGUCCGAAUCAGAAGAGGAACACAUCCUCAACUUGAGAAAGUUAUUCGAAAGAUUGAGAAAGUACAAACUCAAGUUAAAUCCUGCCAAAUGCACGUUUGGAGUAAAGUCUGGAAAAUUGUUGGGUUUUAUUGUCAGCCAAAAAGGGAUAGAAGUUGAUCCUGACAAAGUGAGAGCAAUAACGGAAAUGCCGGCACCUAAAACAGAAAAAGAAGUGCGAGGGUUUUUGGGUAGAUUGAAUUACAUUGCUAGAUUCAUCUCCCAAUUAACUGCUACUUGUGAACCACUGUUCAAGUUGUUGCGAAAGAAUCAGGCUGUGGUGGGGAAUGAGGAUUGCCAGGCCGCUUUUGAGAGAGUCAAACAAUACUUACAGGACCCUCCUGUAUUACGACCACCAGAACCAGGAAGGCCCCUCAUUUUGUAUUUGACUAUAUUGGACAAGUCCAUGGGCUGUGUAUUGGGUCAGCAUGAUGAGGAUGGCAAAAGAGAGCACGCUAUAUAUGACUUAAGCAAGAAGUUCACAGACUGCGAACAGCGAUAUUCAUCGUUAGAGCGGACUUGCUGCGCAUUGGCAUGGGCCGCUCAUCGUUUAAGGCAAUACAUGUUGAGUCAGUCCACAUGGUUGAUAUCCAAGAUGGAUCCUAUCAAGUAUAUUUUUGAAAAGCCUGCUCUUACAGGAAGGAUAGCUCGAUGGCAGAUGCUAUUGUCGGAGUACGACAUCGUAUAUGUCACUCAGAAAUCUGUGAAGGGCAGCGCACUAGCAGAAUACCUGGCCCAUCAACCCCUUUGUGAUUAUCAACCAAUGCGACCUGAAUUUCCCGACGAGGAUAUCAUGGCUGUAUUUGAAGGGAGCAAAGAAGGCCGAAACGAGAAAGCAUGGACAAUGUUAUUCGACGGAGCCUCGAAUGUGAUGGGACACGGAAUAGGGGCGGUGCUUAUCUCCCCGCAGUGGCAGUAUAUACCAAUGACGGCAAGGUUGUGUUUUAACUGCACAAAUAACAUCGCUGAAUAUGAGGCCUGUGCCAUGGGUAUUCGAGCAGCAAUCGAAUCAAAGGCAAAAGUUCUGGAUGUGUAUGGAGAUUCAGCUCUGGUCAUUCACCAAUUGAAAGGAGAGUGGGAAACUAGGGAUAUAAAAUUAAUUCCCUACCAAGCUUACAUCAGGGGCUUAAUGGAGUAUUUCGAUUCCGUCACCUUUAACCAUAUACCGCGAGAAGAUAAUCAAUUAGCAGACUCACUAGCUACCUUGUCGUCAAUGUUUGAGGUUGAUCAAGAUGCAGAAUUAUCGAGAAUCAAAAUGAAAAGCCAUACAGAACCAGCGUAUUGCCACUUCACCGAGGAGGAGUUGGACGGUAAACCUUGGUACUUCGAUAUCAAGCGUUAUCUUACAACGCGGGAAUACCCUGAGGGUGCGUCUGAAAACGAUAGAAGAGCGCUAAGAAGGUUGGCCGGCAGUUUCAUUUUAAGUGGGAAUGUUUUGUACAAGAGAAACCAUGACAUGGUUCUCCUUAGAUGUGUGGAUGCAAAGGAAGCCGAGUUGCUACUAAAAGAAGUGCACGAAGGUACAUUUGGUACACACAUGAAUGGACAUUCGAUGGCUAAGAAGAUCUUAAGAGCUGGUUACUUCUGGUUGACCAUGGAAAACGAUUGUUGCAUACACGUGAGAAAGUGUGAGAGAUGCCAGAUAUAUGCAGAUAAUAUCAAUGUGCCACCCACGACUCUGAACGUGUUGUCUACACCAUGGCCAUUUUCGAUGUGGGGAAUAGAUGUCAUUGGAGCUAUAGAACCGAAAGCGUCAAAUGGACAUCGCUUCAUACUAGUCGCGAUCGACUAUUUCACCAAAUGGGUUGAGGCUGCUUCGUAUGCCAACGUGACCAGAAAGGUGGUGGUUAGAUUCAUAAGGAAGGAAUUGAUCUGUAGGUACGGGCUACCCAACAAAAUCAUCACUGAUAACGCUACCAACUUGAACAAUCACAUGAUGGCGGAUUUAUGUGAGGAAUUCAAAAUUCAUCACCAUAAUUCCUCUCCUUAUCGUCCAAAGAUGAAUGGGGCAGUAGAGGCUGCUAACAAGAACAUUAAGAAGAUUGUGCAGAAGAUGGUGGUCACCUACAAGGACUGGCACGAAAUGCUUCCUUUCGCUUUGCACGGAUAUCGCACAUCAGUACGAACACCGACCGGGGCCACGCCAUUCUCGCUAGUGUAUGGAAUGGAAGCGGUACUUCCAUUUGAGGUCGAAAUUCCUUCCUUACGCGUGUUAAUGGAAACUAAGUUAGAGGAAGCGGAAUGGGUUCAAACUCGAUUCGACCAACUCAACCUUAUCGAAGAAAAAAGGUUAACAGCAGUGUGUCAUGGACAACUGUAUCAAAGGAGAAUGAAGAAGGCAUUCGACAAAAGGGUACAACCGAGAGAAUUUCACGAAGGCGAACUGGUGUUGAAGAGGAUUUUGCCCAUCCAAAAGGAUUAUAGGGGCAAGUGGACCCCAAACUAUGAAGGGCCGUUUGUGGUGAAGAAAGCAUUCUCUGGUGGGGCACUAAUUCUCGCAAGGAUGGAUGGGGAGGAAUUACCGUUACCGGUUAAUUCUGAUGCGGUUAAAAAGUUUUAUGCAUGAUGAUUCCGCGAUAGGGGUUGCCGUUAACGAAUAUUGACAUUACCUUUUAAAUUGUUGUAAUCUGUGUUAUUUCGUUCAAUAAAUACUGCAUACUAAUUUUUGUUCGUCUUUGAAAUUAUUGCAUGUCGCGCUGAGCUGUUUAGGCAGAUUGAAAACGAAUAAUUGAGCAAAUGUCAAUAAAAGCA